AUGGUCAAUCCUGUUUCUUCUGGUAAAAUGGCCCCUCAGAAUGGGAUACAAUCAGCCGUUCUUUGGAAACUCAUACUCUUCGCCAUCCUCAUGGCCGUUGUGCCCAUCGGUACAUACUUUUCCUCUCUACGCUUUCUCUUCGAUGGUUCAACCACAUUCUCCGCUAUCGCCGCUAUAAUAGCUGCCAACAUAGUUCUAGUGGGAUACGUCAUCAUAGCUUUCCGUGAAGAUUCUCAAUUAUCCCACCCUCCCAUACCUCUAGAGAAGAAGUCGAGUUGA